CGUGAAACCAUCUCUACGGCACUGAGUUACUUAUUUACCCCACGUUUAGAAAUUAUUUUCUUCUGAGAAGGAAAUCUUGAAUAUAAACUCAUAUUAAGAUGCUCUGAAGAAUAGCGACCUUUUGAGGGACAACUACUUCAACAUCAUGACCAAAGACAAAGAACUUAUUUUGAGAAGAUUUCAUUUGGUUUGCAUUGUGAUCUUAAUAGCUGGAAUCAUAAUCCAAUUUUCUGAUGAAAGUGAGUUUUCAGUAGGCAUGUCAAAAAGCGAGCUUACUCAUAUUCCAAGAGACUUGUCACCCAAAACCAAAGUUUUGGAUCUGUCUCAGAACUACAUAUCUGAAAUUCAUCUCUCUGAUAUCAGCUUACUCCUAGAGCUGAAAGUUUUGAGGCUUUCCCAUAAUAAAAUCCAGUACCUUGAUUUUAGUGUUUUCAAGUUCAACCGGGAGUUGGAAUAUUUGGAUUUAUCUUACAAUCAAGUGCAGAAGAUUUCCUGCCAUCCAGUUAUGAGUCUCAAGCAUUUAGACCUCUCAUUCAAUGACUUUGAUGCCCUGCCCAUCUGUAAGGAAUUUGGCAAGCUGACACAACUGCAUUUCUUGGGAUUAAGUGCUACAAAGUUAAAACAAUUAGAUCUGUUGCCAAUUGCUCACUUGAAGCUAGGCUACAUCCUUCUGGAUUUAGAAGGCUAUUAUGUGAAAGAAAAUGAGAUUGAAAGCCUUCAAAUCCCUAGCACAAAAACACUUCAUCUUGUUUUUCAUCCAAAUCGUUCAUUCUCUGUGCAAGUGAAUAUAUCAGUUAAUAUUAUAGAAUGCUUACAACUGACUAAUGUUAAAUUGAAUGACAGCAACUGUAAAGUUUUAAUUAAGUUUUUAUCGGAAAUUAUUAGAGGUCCAAACUUAUUGAAUUUUACCCUAAACCACAUGGAAACAACUUGGAAAUGUUUAGUUACAGUUCUUCAAUUCCUUUGGCCCAGACCAAUAGAAUACUUGAAUAUUUACAAUUUAACAAUUGUUGAAAACAUUGAGAAAGAAGAUUUUACCUAUUCUAAAACAACAUUGAAGGCAUUGACAAUAGAACAUAUUGCAAUCAGAGUCUUUAUUUAUUCAAAGUCAGCAUUAUACACAGUGUUUUCUGAGAUGAAUAUUAUGAUGUUAACAAUAUCAGAUACUCCGCUUGUACACAUGUUUUGUCCUCAGACACUAAGCACAUUUAAGUUUUUGAACUUCACCAAUAAUGUUUUCACAGACAGUAUUUUUCAACAUUGUUCCACUUUAGUUAAAUUGGAAAUGCUUAUCUUACAAAAAAAUGAUUUAGAAAGUCUUUUUAAAAUAGGCCUCAUGACAAAAUACAUGAUAUCUUUGAAAAUACUGGAUGUUAGCUGGAAUUCUUUGGAAUAUAAUAUACAUGAUGGAAACUGCACUUGGGUUGAAAGUAUAGUAGUAUUAAAUAUGUCUUCGAACCUACUGACUGACGCUGUUUUCAGAUGUUUACCUCCCAAUGUGAAGGUCCUUGAUCUUCACAGCAACAGAAUAAGGAGCAUCCCAGAGGAUGUCAACCAUCUGGAAGCUUUGCAAGAACUCAACGUGGCUUUCAAUUCUUUAACCCAGCUCCCUGGGUGUGGUGCCCUGGACAGCCUUUCUGUCCUGAUCGUUGACUAUAACUCCAUCUCCAGCCCACCUGCCGAUUUCUUCCAGAGCUGCCAGAAGAUGAGGUCCUUCAGAGCAGGGAACAACCCGUUCCAGUGCACGUGUGAGCUAAGAGGAUUUAUCCACAGUGUAGGCCAGGUACCAAGUGAAGUGGUGGAGGGCUGGCCUGGUUCCUACGUGUGCAACUAUCCAGACAGCGCCAAGGGCACCCCACUGAAGGACUUCCACGUGUCUCCUCUGUCCUGCAACACAGCUCUGCUGACUGUCACCAUUGUGGCCACCGUGCUCGUGGUGGCCAUCUCUGUGACCGUCCUCUGUGUCUACUUGGACGGGCCCUGGUACCUCAGGAUGGUGUGCCAGUGGACCCAGACCCGACACAGGGCUAGGCACGUACCCUUAGAGGACCUCCAGAGAACUCUCCAAUUCCACGCUUUUGUUUCAUACAGUGAUCAUGACUCUGCCUGGGUGAAGGGUGAAUUACUGCCAAAUCUAGAAAAAGAAGAUAUACGGGUUUGUGUACACGAGAGGAACUUUGUUCCUGGCAAGAGCAUUGUGGAGAACAUCAUCAACUGCAUCGAGAAAAGUUACAAGUCCAUCUUUGUUUUGUCUCCCAACUUUGUCCGGAGUGAGUGGUGCCACUAUGAGCUCUACUUUGCCCAUCACAAUCUCUUCCAUGAAGGAUCUAACAACUUAAUCCUGAUCUUGCUGGAACCCAUCCCUCAGUGCAACAUUCCUAGCAAAUAUCAUAAGCUGAGGGCUCUCAUGACACAGAGGACUUAUUUGGAAUGGCCCAAGGAUAAGAGCAAACACGGACUCUUUUGGGCUAACAUCAGAGCUGCUUUUAAUGUGAAAUUAAAGCUGGUUACUGAAAACUGUGAUGUGCAUAUGUUAAAAAUGUCAGAAGAUCCAACUUAGACACUGUCAUUUACUUACAUUCUGAUGGACACUGAACCAGUGUUUAGUUACUGUCUGGACAGUGUCUGCCUAUGUCCACA